CCUUUCAUGUCAUCUAAAAGUACAAACCACCAGCCGUCCUGCACUGUCCAGACUCCGUUACAAAUGGGCGAGAGCUCGGCCAAAUCAGCACACCACCCCCCUUCUUUCCCUGUCAUCUCCUGUGUAAACAUCAACUACCACAGGAAGAGGUAGCGUCCUAAGCAGCUGAUACUUUGCUAGAUCGAUCUUGGUCAUGGAGAAGAUGCAGUGCGGUGCCAAGGGCAAUGCUCGCCGGGACGCGGCGGCCAGCGGCUCCGGCAAGCACAAGCGGAAGGGCGGCAAACCGAUCAAGGUGGUUUACAUCUCCAACCCGGUGCGGGUGUCGACCAACGCGGCGGGCUUCCGCGCGCUCGUGCAGGAGCUCACCGGCCGCCACGCCGACCCGUCCAAGUACACGGGCGGCGGCGCCAUCGACGUCGGCGAGAGCAGCGCCGGCAGCCCGGCCGGGCCGCAGAUGGGCCCGGCGCCCAGCCCCGGCAGCACAGCGGAAUCAUCGGAAGGCGCCGCCGCCUGCAGCCACGACGUCCCGGCCGCAGCAGCGCCGGCGGCCUACGAGUACGACGACGAGGAGGACAGCCUCGCGCCGCAGCUGAUCGACAACAGGUACUCCGUCUUCUCGCCGCCGACGUUCCUCUACGGCUCGCAAAGCGAGUGGUGAACUGGUGAUCGGUCCGUGAUCCAUCCAUCCAAGGCCGCCCAGCCCCCGCAGCAGAAACAUGUAUGUAUUGCGCUUAAUUUCAUGAGGGUACCCGUAUCGUAUGUCAUAUGUGCAUGUGUGUUCGAUUCUAAUAGCUAGGUAGUAGUAGUAACUUAUUAGUAACUCAAAUUAAACUGUGUAUGACUGCUCCAGAUUGGUAUAUACCCCUUUUUCUGUGGGUGAGAAGUGUGUCCUGCAGUUGUA